UAGCGGGGAUCUGAUAAUAGACGGUCUCUAUAGCCAGCGUUCCUCGUAUGCAUCUGGGGUUUCGGGUUUCAGGAUGUCUUUCCCCCCACGCUUUUCCCGCGAUUGGAAGCUGCGGAGAGAGAGUUUGGUUUCCAUGACGUCUAUGCCGUCUGCCAUGUCCCGCCAUCCCGACAGCCAUGGAUCGGGAUACUCAACCACUUAAAACUCACUUGAGACGUUUGGUGCGAAAGACUUUCCAAGAGUGGCUUGUGGCAUAUACAUGUUUACUGGCCUGUCUAAGGAAUUUCGUCCCUAAUUGGAUUGAUCAUGCAGUAAGCCCGAGGAUGACCGCCCCGGCCGAGAGACCAAAAGCCAGCUCUAGGCUCGGUGACUGCUUCCUUGUCAGUGUCUCCUGGCACCAAACCCCUGUCCUGCCACUGGAUCCUUCUUGUUCGACGUCACUCGAUCCCAAUUCACUUCCGGCGAUGAGCGGACAUCACCCCACCUGUCCGUCAUACCCGGCAACACCACCAGGACGCAACUACAUAAAGCCACGAAGGACUCACGCCCCUUGACCUGGAAGACCCUGA